AUGGUGAGUGUACCUUCAAGUCAAAACACGGAAGCUGCUAAGGCCAUGACGACACUCUCCCUUCGUGAACUGCUCGCAACAUAUCAGAGGCUUUACGAGAGACAGUUUCACGAACGCCUCCCUGACAGCGAAAAAGUCCUCCUAGCAACUCUACCACAAUUUGAAAAACCGUCUGUGCAGGGACAAAUUUCUGCUGCCAGAACACUCGAUGAGCCACAGUCAUUCCAGAUGGACGAUGAUUCGAAAAAGGAAAAAGUUAGUGUGAUUGAAAAGAAAGACUCGGCGGUCUCGGUCCCACCAAGGUCGACGGCUGCCCCUCAAACGGAUGCCUCGACAACCCCAUCCACAGAUGUGACAGAGCCAGAACAGCCCCCAACUACGAGUCCCGCGGAUGAGCUAAAGGAAAACCAGACUUCACCCACGAAAGCUGAAGAGGUCCCGAAGAAGGAAACGAUAAAAGAUAACCCAAAGGAGGAACGCCCAGUUGCUGCCGCCCCCUCAACCGAAGAAGCGUCCAUGAAGGUAGCUCCGCUUCCUUCAAUGAGAGAUGUUCUUUUGAUAAAAAAGCAACCAGUAAGUCCCAUCCCACCCGUGGCUGAGUCAAUUCCGAAAAUGUCCGCCCCUCCUGCACCAACAGAAGCCGUUCAACGUCCCAGGAUCCAAAUGCCGUUGGCUGCGGAAACAGUCGAGGUGGUUCCCAGGCGUUUCCAGUCAUUGCCACAAGAAAUGCCAGCACGUGAAUUUGUCACGAAAGUACCAAUGAAAAGUCCUGUGGAAGCCGAAGUGAUACCAACAAGGGCUCCCAAACUGCCUACAGCAAGAACUGAUCCCGAUAGCCCGAGAAGACUCGUACCAAAACAGACAGCUGUGAGACCACCUCCAAGGAAUCUGCCGAGGCCUCAACCGAACAACCUCGAGGUGAUGAAUCACGUAGUCGUGCCACGAACGCAAUCGUCUGGCCCACCGCAACAGUCCAGGAGGUCUAAUGGCCCAGUUAGAGUUAGGCAACCAUUGCGACGUCCUCAGAAUCAAGCAAGGGUGCCGCUACCAGUUCGACCUCCUCCAGAAAACAAUGCUCCUCCUCCACCACCACCCAGAAACACCCAGAAACCAGUCAAUCUGAUUGUCAUUCAAAGAUGGCGAUAG